CUCGAAGAAAGAGCACAAGCGUGCAACAUGGCAGCUCUCCUUGAUUCAGCGUCAUGCGCGCCAAUAGGAUCACUUCUUUGUAGGAAUUGCUUUGGAGUGCGGCUGGCGGAAGAGUGCAUUUCUUGAUGAAGCUCUGUCUCCACCGUUUUCUUCAGCUGUAUCGGAUUCAUGCUCAGCAGGCAUAGGAACACGUCUGAAAAUGGGGAAGCCGCGUGUCAUAUAUUGGUUUCGGACUGAUCUUCGACUUCAUGAUUCUCCAGCAUUGAAGGCGGCGCUAGAUCUGAAGCCCGAAGUAUUAUACCCCAUAUGGUGCUGGGACAGUCACUACGUCUAUCGAGCCAGAGUUGGCGUCAACAGAUGGCAAUUCCUCAUUGACUGCCAAAAUGAUGUCUCACAGAGCAUCACGAAGCUCAACAAGAAGAGCAAACUAUUUGUCCUCCGUGAGCCAGCUGUAACACUGUUGCCCAAGUUAUUCAAGGCCUGGAAAAUCACGCACUUGGUAUUUGAGAAAGACACAGAUGCUUAUGCACGCGAACGAGACGAACAGGUAAUGCACAUGGCUGGCGAAGCUGGUGUCAAAGUCAUCGUCAAAGUGGGCCGCACGCUCUAUGAUUCCGAUGAAAUCGUCAAGAACAAUGGCGGCAAGCCUACGAUGAGUAUCACUCAACUCCAGCAUGCGGGAGAGAAGAUUGGCGAUAUCGAGAAGCCUGUUGACACGCCAACGAGUUUACCUGACCCUGGAGACAUGAAGCUCGACAUCGAGCAAACCGAGCCUGAAGCGGAACCUGACAUCAAUGCUAAGCAUCGGGAGAAGGACGCUGUCACGUUCAGCUCAGGCAUCGCAGGACCAAAGGGGGACUUCUCGCCACCUACGCUAGAGGAGCUAGGAAUGCCAGCUGCAACAUCCCCUCACAAAGGCGGAGAGAGCGUCGUCCUGGAGCGAUUGGAAGAGAUCUUCAAAGACGAGGACUACUGCGGGACGUUUCAGAAGCCCAAGACUUCACCGGCAGCUUUCGAGCCCCAGUCCACCUUUCUCACAUCACCGUACUUGCACUUCGGAGCCCUUAGCUGUAGAUUCUUCUACCACCGUGUAGCGGAAAUCGUAGCGAAGCGUAGCAAAGAGAAGAAGCCAACAUCAUCGCCGCCAGAAAGUCUUGCAGGCCAACUACUCUUCCGCGACAUGUACUUCGCCGCUCAAGCAGCUCUGGGCUGGCAAUUCGGCCAAACUCUCGGAAACGACCACUGCCGCUUCAUACCCUGGCAUCUUCCUUCAAAAGUAGACAUGGAUUCCAAACGCAUCACAGGCGAACACGAAAUUGACGAAGAAGAGAAAGAAAUAUGGCUCCAACGCUGGACAAAUGGCACAACAGGUUUCCCCUGGAUCGACGCCAUCAUGCGGCAACUCAGACAAGAAGGCUGGAUUCAUCAUCUCGCACGACACUCUGUCGCUUGCUUCCUCACUCGAGGAGGCUGCUAUAUCAGCUGGGAGCGUGGCCUCGAAGUCUUCGAAGAGCUUCUUAUCGAUCAUGAAUCUGCGUGCAAUAUUGGAAAUUGGCAAUGGCUUUCUUGCACUGCGUUCUUUGCGCAGUUCUAUCGCUGUUAUUCUCCUAUUGCGUUCGGUAAGAAGUGGGAUGAUAAUGGCGACUACAUCCGGAAGUAUGUGCCUGAGCUCGCAGAUUUUCCAAAGAAGUUCAUUUUUGAACCACACAAGGCUCCAAUUCAAGACCAGAAGAAAGCUGGUGUCCGUAUCGAUGGCGACGGGUCCGAGACUGAAAAGGAUGGGUUGAAACUCUACCCAAAACCAAUUUUCGAUUUCAACGAGCGGAGGGAGAUCUGCAUACAGGGAAUGAAGAAUGCAUACCGCGUUGGACUCUAUGGCAAUGACCCGAAAGUUCUCGAUGGAUCGUGGAAGCAGAUGUUUGAUGAUGAUGCCGAGGGGCCAACGGAGGGGAAGAAAGGUGGUCCGGCGGGGCUGCAGUCGUGGGAGAGUGCAGAUGGGACGGAACACGAUCAUGUGGAUUUGAAGGCGCCAGCGACUCCGAAGGGCAGUGGGUCUGGGAAGAAGGGGAAUGCGAGUGCUGCUUCGUCGCCGCAGGCGAAGACGAAGGCUAGUCCAAGAGGGCAUAAGAGAGAGCCCAGUCAGACGAAGCUUGAUGGGGCGUUCGAAAAGAAGAGUAAGAAGUGA